CAAAGUCGCCUCUUCCCCCUUUUGUUUAUAUGCAAGUGCGUUUCCUUCAAUACUUUCACUUCUUCUACCUCCAUCCAAACCUCACGCAAGCAAACCCAUCUCACAAAAUCCAUGGACCUCCUCUUCUCUCUCAAUUCACUCCUUUUCCCCUCCCUUUUCCCUCUUCUCUUUCUCUUCUUCUUCUACUACCACCACCACCGAAAAAAUCCAUCUCAAAACAAUGGCCUCAAGCCUUACCCCCUCCUAGGAACACUCCCUCACUUCAUCCGAAACCGGCACCGGUUCCUCGAAUGGACAGCUGAAAUACUCAUCGCCGGCCCAACCCACACCAUCACCAUAAAAAGCCCGACAAAGGCCCACGGCGUCAUCACCUCCGACCCCCGCAAUGUCGAACACAUGCUCAAGACCAACUUCGGCAACUACCCGAGAGGCAACCGCUCCAUCACCCUCCUCCACGACUUCCUUGGCAACGGCAUCUUCAACUCGGAAGGCGAUCACUGGAAAAACCAGCGGAAAACCGCGAGUUUUGAGUUCAACAAGCGGUCCCUCCGCAACUUCGUCAUGCACACGGUACGACUAGAGAUCGUCGACAGAUUGCUUCCGUUGAUGUACAAGUAUGCGGAGGCGAAGGAGACGUUGGAGUUGCAGGGCGUUCUUGAGCGGUUCGGAUUUGAUAACGUCUGCAGGCUCGCCUUCGGCGUGGACCCAGGGUGUCUGUCAACAGAGGUGGCGGCGAAGGGGUUGGAGUUCAUGAGAGUCUUCAGCGAAGCACAGAACCUCAUCACGGCAAGGUUUAUGGGCGUGUUCGGCUUCACCUGGAAGAUGAAGAAACUCAUCAACAUCGGUUCGGAGAAGAGGCUGAAAGAAUCGAUCAAGAUAGUCCAAGACUUUGCAAUGAACAUCAUAAAGACGAGGAAGGCGAAGCUCGAAGAGAAUCAAGAGGAAGAGAUAGAAGAAGACCUGUUAUCUCGAUUCGCCUCGAACAAAGACACCACGGAGGAGCUCCUCCGGGACAACGUGAUAAGUUUCAUCCUCGCCGGGCGAGAGACAACAUCCUCAGCGUUGACAUGGUUCUUCUGGAUACUAUCAUCACGGCCGGAUGUUGAGAACAAAGUCCUCGGUGAAAUCAAAUCGAUUCGCUCGACGAACCAAAACCCGGACGGAACAUUCAGCUUCGACGAGCUGAGGGAGAUGAACUACGUCCACGCCGCGAUCACCGAGUCCUUACGCCUUUACCCUCCGGUGGCGAUCGACACGCAAUCGUGCCGCGACGGGGAUAUCAUGCCCGAUGGGACUUUUGUGGGGAAAAAGUGGUUCGUGACAUACAGUGCAUAUGCAAUGGGGAGAAUGGAGAGCAUAUGGGGGAAGGACUGUAUGGAGUAUAAGCCGGAGAGAUGGCUGGAGAACGGAGUUUUUAGGCCCGAAAGCCCGUUCCGCUUCCCGGUGUUUCACGCCGGACCGAGGAUGUGCUUGGGGAAGGAGAUGGCGUACAUUCAGAUGAAGUCGAUCGUGGCGGCGGUGAUCGAGAGGCCUGUGGAGAAAGACAGGAUUCCGGAGCCUCUGCUGUCCUUGACGAUGAGGAUGAAGGGAGGAUUGCAUGUAAGAGUUAGAGAAAGAGCUGUGGUUUGAUGGUGAACUUGCGGUGGAUUGAGAUGUGGGUUUAGUUUUAUGCAUAGAGCUUACUACAAUCUCGAGACAUUUUAUCAUAGAAAUGCAAUUCCAUAGCAUGAUGUACAAUUCAAGACCCCAACAUAAAGAAAUCCGACCCUCACAUUUCCUCUC